UCCAACCAACCAUCCAUCCAUCCAGUAUUGUUUCUUUGAUACUCUCCACUGUGAUACAUUCGUUCUGCUAUACCUAGUGCUUGUCCCCACUCUCGUUACUCGACAUCCUCUCGCUUCUUUUGUUACGCUCAUCUUCAACCAAACUUUCUCGUCUCUCGCUUGCUCUCCAUAGUUUGACCUAUUCCUCCUCACUAUCUUACCCAGCCAUGGACGCCAGGCCAUCUAGAAGGGCCAUGGCUCAUGCUGCUGGCAUCUUCGCAGACAUGUCUGUCGACGGUCCUGCUAUUGGGACACUGGUGAUCAUUGUUGAUCGCGCCAAAAAUCUGCCUAAUCGAAAGACGAUGGGCAAGCAAAACCCCUAUUGUGCCGCUCGUUUGGGUAAAGAAGCCAAGAAGACAGAGACGGAUCUUCGCGGUGGUCAAACUCCUCGAUGGGAUCAGGAGCUUCGCUUCACCGUUCAUGAGUCUCCGGACUACUUCAAACUUAAGGUUUCCGUUUUCAACGACGACAAGAAGACCGAUCUGAUCGGCGAAACCUGGAUCGAUCUCAAAGAUUUGAUCAUCCCUGGUGGAAGUCAGAACGACCACUGGCACCCUCUGCAACAUCGUGGAAAGUACGCAGGGGAAGUGCGUCUUGAGAUGACUUAUUACGAUACACGGCCUGAGGAUGAGGCUGUCAUCGAACGCCGAACCAUGGGGACUGAAAAGGUUCACACUAGGAAGAGUGUGCCGUCAGCACCACAACUCAGUCUCACUGCGGCUUCGUCUUCUUCCUCCGCUCUUUCGGGGCCUAGACAGUUGAAGGAUGUCAAGAGACGUCCCCUGCCCAGCGAUCCAACUAGAGCACGCCCUUCUCAGCCUGAGAAGGUGCCAUCAGCUCCACUACCACAGGCCUCUGCUCGACCAGCAUACCACGAGCCCUCUCAGUCAGCUCCCGCCGUUGCAAGUCAUGCACGGCCAACUCACCUUCACGGGCAUCCUGACUGGACGUACGAGUAUCCUACUUACGUCCACAAGUGGACGGCACCACCAGAUAACUUCGAAAAUAGCCGGCAGGGGCAAAGUUUGACGGGCUCCAAAACCCCCCUUUCUCCACCAACUGUACACGAGAGUCCAGCCGCUAUCGGCAAUCCUCUAUAUUACCCUCCUCAAGCAAUCGAGGAGAACGCAUGUCCGCAGAGGGACAAAAAUAACUAUCCAUUCUCUUCUUGUGAACAAUAUGUGAGCACGACGAGCACCUCCGAUGGUGGAAGUACGGUCUAUCCCUGCUCUCACCACAGUCUUUUUUCGAGCGAGCCAAGCACGGUAUAUCCUUAUCCACACAACUACUCUGAUAGCGGGUCUUAUGUCAGUGGUAGCGGCAGCAGCCAACCCGCUGCUCAACAUCUAGAAUACACUUCGCAGGGCGGCUCUUCUGACCUCUAUUGCGAGUCUAUUGAUAGUACACCAAGUAUGGUGUACUAUGGAAAGUCAAUUAGUGAGGGGGGGCGUCCUAUCCCCGAUAUUGUGUGGGCAAGAUUGCAGCCUCGGGUCGAGGAUGAAAAUGACGAGAACAAUCUCCCACCGCCGCCACCGGCCCAUCGAGUUGCUUUGGUCCACGUCAGAAACAUAAGGCCUCCCUCACUUGUCUCCACCGAAUCUGCAUCAUCUGGACACUAUCCUGUGUCUGAUGGCCUUCCUUCUAAUUACACCUCGGUCACAACUGCGGUUGACAGCAGCAUGCCGAGUGUGCGUUCUUCCUUGAGUGGACCCUCAGUGCCACCCAGUCUUGUUGCUGGCCUCGACCCAGUCAUUGCCGACGCAGAGUCGGAUCGUGCCACUUAUGAAAGGGAAGCAAGACGAAGAAGUGGCAUCAUAGAAGAGAAUCCGUUGAGGAAGCCCCCACGUGAAUCUUCACCGAGCCCUCCUUACCCCAUGGAUUCGUCCUUGGAUAGUCACAGCUCUAUCGUGACUCGAUCGUCUGUCAGCUCCAACUCUGAUAGACAAUUGGUUCCCCGUCGCAAAUCUGUCAGCCCUCGACCUCCAAGUAUGAGGGAGCGCGGGGUGUCUCCCACUCCUUUCUCACCAGAUUCCUAUGAUGCUUUGAACCCUAACGCAUCUAUGGGUCCCAUAAUUGGAGACGAUGGUCGUGAGAUCGACCCGUCUGAUCACCUUCCUACGGACACCUGGGCACCUGAGCCCGAACGCAAGACGAAGAAGCCUGGCGUCGUUGUGCGUUUUCGCAACCCUGCUCAUCGGGCUAACCCUCUCGCACGACCAACCACCGAUGGCACAGUCGAACGUGCUGCUCAUCGGGCUAAUCCCCUCGCACGACCAACCACCGAUGGCACAGUCGAACGUGGCUUUGGCAUUCGACGUCCGCCGGCAUACACGGAUGGAGCCCCCAACAUGGGUCCACCUAUUCCUUCAAAGGUUCCUAUCGCACAGGCGAUGAAUCAGAGCUACCCUGUCCUUGGCGGCAGUAUGGGCAUGGACGCCCUUAGUCGAGAAUUGAACACUAUUGAUAUCGGAUCUGUGGGUUGCAGCGGCGGCGGCGGCCGCAGCUUGAAGAAAUACGCACCCAAGACCAUGGGAUAUGCAGUUUAGAUAGAUCUUCUCUUAUUACAACUUCUUGAUGUUAGUUAGUUGGGGAGUCAGUUUGUUACUUAGUUAGUCACUUAGUUAGCUACCUGCGGGAUACAUCAUUGGGGCAUGUGUUUUUUCGGGAUUCGGCUAGGGAACUGGGAACUGGGGACUCUGGAUUUUGGAGUUAGGAGUUGUUUAUUCUUCCUUUGUUUAGCAUAGAUU